GCCAAAGCCAGGAACAAAGUCAACCUAACAGAAGUCGAUGAAGUGAACAACUGCCCAACUGCGUUUUGAGCGCAGGCGCAAGCAGUUGUGUGUAAGCAUACAAAGCAAACUAAAUAUUUUGUAAUCAUUGCGGUGGCCUGUCUGGUGGAUGUAUACUUAAAGCACCGGCAUUUGUGAGCGCUUCGACAUGUGUGUGCAUUCUCCGGUAGCUGUUUUGUGAAAAGACUGCUACUCUUCUUCGGUCUUGCACUGCUCGUUUAAAGGCUCAGUAUGUCGCUUGAACAAACAGCUUGUGAGGAUCUGAAAGCCUUCGAGCGUCGACUAACGGAGGUGAUCGGUUACCUGAACCCUCAGACGAAGCGAUGGAGAAUUAUUCUCUUCAUAAGCUCGAUCUGCACAGCGAUAGGCGCUUGGCAGUGGUUGAUGGACCCGGUCACGUCACAGGCCACAUUUGUGCAGUCAUUGAUGAACCACAUGUUCUUCACCAUCAGUAGCAUCAUCUUAGUCAUCCUGUUUUUGAUGGGCAUUCAUAAAAGAGUGGUCACUCCUUCCAUCAUUGUUUCAAGGGUGCGAAAUGUUCUGUCCGACUUCAACAUGUCCUGUGAUGAUGGCGGGAGACUGAUUCUACGUCCAAGGCCAACGACAUCAUGAUGAAGGAGUGACUCUGUCCUUAAUGGGGCAGAUCUCAAGGCUGUGGUCAUACUUAGGCCUUAAAUGACUCUCCUCCUAUUUCCCCAUGCAAAAUCUUCUACAUCUAAUGUCUCCUCAGUUUUUUUUAACUCCAGCUCAAAAACGUUCUUUCAAAGACAUGUGCACCAGUGUGGAAUACAGCCGCAAUGUUGACUGGACGAACAAUGCCAACUUUUGUGCUCAUAUCUACAAGCAAGUUGCUGAGCUCUGAAUGAACUUCACGAAAUGUUCCUCAUGAAUGCAACUUUAUUGCUGCAACUGCUGUGACAGUGUGUUAAAAAGUUGCUUACUAUGCCAUCCAUUCCAACCCCCCCCCCCUUUUUUUUUUUCAUUUAAAGCAAAGCUUUCUUUUCUCACCAUCUUCUAGGCUGGCUUAGGUUGCUAAUUCAUUCUUCUCUUGCUGUGUAGACAUCUCCUCACUUAUUAAUAAAAGAAAGUGUCUGGCGGUAGGAUUUGCAGCAGCCUGAUGCUCUACCCACUUGGCCACAUUCACAAGCAUGGAGAAUGUUCAAUGCACGGGCUGUGAUUUUGGUUGGUUGACGAAAAACCUUUGACGCACAGAAUGGUGGCACCAUCUGGUGAAACAGUUCAUGGAAUGCCCACCAUGCAUCUGACACAAGGCUGUUUUUCUCUUACAUUACCAGAUGGUGUUGCCCUCCAUGCUUCGCUAUACUUGGGUACAACUUUCCCUGGCUAGCAGCCAAAGCUAUGGGGGUGUACCUACCGCAUAUGUAUCAGUAUAUACAAGUAGCUCGGAUAAGCUCAACAUCAUUUUGAGGUUUUGAUGGUGCAAGCACACGACUUUUAAAGACUCGCAUUGCGGCCACGACAAAAAUUUCCAGGCAAGCCGUAAUCUCUGGAUCAGAUAUAUAGAUCACCUGUGUUUUGAUUUUGCCAACUUCUGGUUGUCACUGCCAUGUUCCGCACAAAUAUUGCACCUGGUAUAUGUGAAUGUGUUGGGCUUCCUGUCGGCAUGUAUCUUGCUGUCUCAGACUUUGUAAAGCGGCACUGUCUCAUAGGAAUUCUAGCAGAUGUGCUUGUUGAUGAGUGCACGGCAUAUAUACAUGGCACAAAUUUUCAGUGGAGCUGGGCAUAAAGCUUUCUGUUAAAAAAACAUGUCGCAGUGUUAAUUAGCAUGAAUAUUCAAGUGCAUAAUUGCUUUUAUAUCGUCAAAAAGCAACGAUGUAAAUCUGAAGCUAUAUGAUGCUGUCAUAUGCACACUAUGACACUUUAGCUUUUGCUAAAUACUCUCAGAAAGUUGUCUUUGAGUGUAGUGUUACUGUGUAGACUCCUACAGAGCCUCUGUCUCUGUGUAGAGCCAGAGUUGUGCAUAUGUUUUCUAUUUGCUGCUCGUGCCUCUGUUCGUCAAACAUAGCCAUAUGCAGCCAUGCAACGCAUAGAAGCUGUCGCUAAGGCUUAUAUAAACAGUUGGCAGUAGUAGCACCAAGGCAUCGCCACAAUUUAGUACUUUGUUUUAUUAUUUUUUAACCAACAUUCAGAUGACAGCGUAUAAAAUGAGUCCUUUUUUUUGCUUUAGAACAAAAAUCACAUGAUAAAUCACCUUUCUUUUUUCGUAUUUUGCACUCCUUCAGGGCUGCUGGUUGGCAUGUGUUUCAACAGAUGAUGUCGCCAGUCAAUGCACAAUGAAAGAUCCAGCUCUAGGCAACAUAUCGUCAUGCGCAGUGGGUUAUUUCUCUUCGUCCAGAAAAAACUGAACAACCAGCACAUUUUGUAUAUGCAAAUUUGUAGUCAAGUAGUCCUCUAUUGCCUUUAAUAUAGCAGGCAGAAUAUGAGGGUAGGGCAGGUCAACCACAGUUAUGUCAUGACAAGCUUGCCUCCUGUGAACGUAACCCCUAACCCUCAUGUUACAUUCUUAUUUGUGAAAAACACAGCAUGCAGCUCCAGCUGACAGCGUUUCUCACACUGCAGCACAAAAAUUUCAUCCAUCUCUUUUCCUGGCACGCGAAAUGUCUUGAAAGAUCAUGUGGUUGCUUGAGUAUAGUGCUCGAGAAAGUGAUUGCUCGAGUAUAUUGUCCCUCAAUACAACUUACUAUUGCUCUUCGUACGCCAUAGCAGCUUUGACAACGGGGAGUGAUUUAUGGGACAUGUCGUAACUGAAAACUGCACCAUGAUUCUACCAGACAAAACGGCACACCAUGUGUAGUGGUGUGCCGUAUCGCCUUGCAGUUUCAGCAAAGCUUCGGUUACACAGAUUCCCACAGUAAGCGAGAUCUGCCAUCAUUUUUUGUUAAUUGUCUUUAUAUAAUGAUACUUGUUUUGUUGGCUUAAGUUGGUUCCAAUGUCCUGUGCCUUUUAUCUCCAUUUUAUUUUUGACUUGCCGUCAGAUUUGUUUCCCAAGCUCUCAUGCAUAUGAGAAUGUUUUGUGGAAAUCUUUUAUUCAACAUUUUUCUUAAAUUGUUGGCCCCAGUGAUAUGUCUGCAGAGCACUAUAAGGCAAGCUGCUACCUUCGCUGCAUCUGUGCACAUUGGUCAGCAAUGUGCACUCCAUUGUACAAGCUUUGGCCACGCUCAAGCAUCUUUGCAAAUAUGCAUUGUAAAGUAAAGGUAUUCUGACUUGAAAGGAAAACUGCCACAAGAAAUUCUGACUACUGGUAGUAUUUUUCUUUUCUGGCAGUUUACAUUGAUGGCUUUUUUCACGCACAUUUGUUUACAGUGCUUAGCUCCUGUUUCUUUUCAUUUUUUUUUUCAGGACAUUGUAUUGUCAAUUUCAUUUGUAUUUAUUGUGGAAAAUUGGUGUCCUAAUUACAUUCAUUUAAAUACCUACCCUUCACAAUUUUUGUCUGUUUUCUACCUUCUAAUUUGUGUGACUUCAGAAGACACAUAUCAGUGCAUUGAUGGCUGGCUGAUUAGGUGUCUGGUGGUUAGAGAAAUAUGAAAUUUUUUUGCAAGGUAUUGGAAUAAAUUUAAAAGACGCAACCUUAAGUAGUGAUGCAAAAUGAAGCUUGUAAAACAUGUACAGACUGCAGUAGCAUAGUUACAAGUAAUGAAAUAGUGAGGUGAGUGUCGCACUGGAGUUUCAGGGGUGUUUCUUGGCAUUUUAGUCAUUGGAGACUUUCCAGGCGGGCUCGUGUUGACUGAUGUCUAAUGCAUGCUAUGUUUGUUGUAAAAAUAAAACAACAUUUACUUACACCGUUAUUAUCAGUGUGACAUAAAGGUCGUGUAAACACUGUAGCAGCAUUUAGCACCAUUUGCCAAACAAUAGGCUCAGUCUUUUUAAAUGCUCGCAUGCUCGACUAGCUCAGGGGCACAAAAUAUUUUAGUAAAUGAUUUCAAGUCUCGGUAGGUCAUUCUAAUGUACAGAUGCAGUUCUGCAGCCGCCUUCCUUGCACAUCGUUAAACUUUCUUACUAUGAGCACUUCUCACAUCUUUUACUAUUGUGCUAUAACAAGCGCAUAGUCAGUGCUCUUCCUUUGCACCUUACUGUUGAGUAAUCUUCAUGCUAGUUCUGUAAGUCUUGCUGUUUGACACAUUUCGCCUGUGCCUGGCCGAAUGAAAUAUGUAUUUAUUCUUUGCUUACAUGAACAUUAUUGCCAAUGUAUGCCAAUUAUCAAGUGCUUUACCUGCAGAUCAACUUCUGAAGUACUCUGAAAGCGUAUUUUGCACACAGCAGAGUGACAUUUUUGUGAGAUAUGUCUUCGCUACUUCAUUUCUUGAUUAUCGGCAGCCUUAUUUUUUUCACAACAGUAUUAUAAUGUUUCUUGUGCAUAACCUUAUGCCAGAGUAUAUACCAUACUUUGUGCCAGAGUUUCUUAUGCACCACAAUGUACUGAAAUAUAUAUGGCCAGGUUCCUUCUGAGCACCUUCUGAAGCUUUAUCCUCAAAUGUGCACAUUGAAGGCUUGCCUUCUUGUCCUGUCAAAUUUUGUUUAUGUGCCUGAAUGCAAUAGCAGAAUAUGCAGUCUUGUUCUGCUGAACAUCAACUGAUCUGUGAAUAAAUGUUUAGAACAAAGAAAAGGCCAACUGUUUCUUCAUGAACGUAUGUUUUCGAUUAAAAAAAAGUUUUAUUUCUUUAAACUUACUCACCUUGGUACUUCGUAGUUCUAAAGCGUAGCUUCAUAGUACUUUGAGAACACUACAUACCAUG